GCCCUCCAGGACACCUACACCACCCGAUGUUACAGGAAGGCCAUAAAGAUCAUCAAGGACAUCAACCACCCGAACCACUGCCUGUUCACCCCGCUAUCAUCCAGAAGGCGAGGUCAGUACAGGUGCAUCAAAGCUGGGACCGAGAGACUGAAAAACAGCUUCUAUCUCAAGGCCAUCAGACUGUUAAACAGCAAUCACUAACAUUGAGUGGCUGCUGCCAACACACUGUCAUUGACACUGACCCAACUGCAGCCACUUUAAUAAUGGGAAUUGAUGGGAAAUGAUGUAAAUAUAUCACUAGCCACUUUAAACAAUGCUACCUUAUAUAAUGUUACUUACCCUACACUAUUCAUCUCAUAUGCAUAUGUAUAUACUGUACUCUAGAUCAUCGACUGCAUUCUUAUGUCACUAGCCACUUUAACUAUGCCACUUUGUUUACUUUGUCUACAUACUCAUCUCAUAUGUAUAUACUGUACUCGAUACCAUCUACUGUAUGCUGCUCUGUACCAUCACUCAUUCAUAUAUCCUUAUGUACAUAUUCCUUAUCCCCUUACACUGUGUAUAAGACAGUAGUUUUGGAAUUGUUAGUUAGAUUACUUGUUGGUUAUCACUGCAUUGUCGGAACUAGAAGCACAAGCAUUUCGCUACACUCGCAUUAACAUCUGCUAACCAUGUGUAUGUGACAAAUAAAAUUUGAUUUGAUUUGAUUUGAACCUGAUGGUUACUCUGGCAGAGUUCUAGAGUUGCUCUGUGGAGAUGGGAGAACCUUCCAGAAGGACAACCAUCUCUGCAGCACUCCACCGAUCAGGCCUUUAUGGUAGUGUGGCCAGACGGAAGCCAUUCCUUAGUAAAAGGCACAUGAUGGUCCGCUUGGAGUUUGCCAAUAGGCACCUAAAGACUCUCAGACCAUGAGAAACAUGAUUCUCUGGUCUGAUGAAACCAAGAUUGAACUGUCAAGUGUCACGUCUGGAGGAAACCUGGCACCAUCCCUAUGGUGAAGCAUGGUGGUGGCAGCAUCAUGCUGUGUGGAUGUCUUUCAGUGGCAGGGACUAGGAGACUAGUCAGGAGUAGCUUCGGGACAAGUCUCUGAAUGUCCGAGCCAGAGCCCGGACUUGAACCUGAUCGAACAUCUCUGGAGAGACCUGAAAAUAGCUGUGCAGGAACGCUACCCAUCCAACCUGACAGAGCUUGAAAGGAUUUGCAGAGAAGAUUGGGAGACAAUCCCCAAAUACAGUUGUGCAAAGAAGACGUGAGGCUGUAAUCACUGCCAAAGGAUCUUCAGCAAAGUACUGAGUAAAAACAGUUUUUGCUUUUUCAUUACGGGGUACUGUGCUUAGAUUUAAAUAGCCCACCCAAGUUACCUACCUCAUCCCCAUACUGUUUAUUUUUAUUUACUUUUCUGCUCUUUUGCACACCAGUAUCUCUACCUGUACAUGACCAUCUGAUCAUUUACCACUCCAGUGUUAAUCUGCAAAAUUGUAAUUAUUCGCCUACCUCCUCAUGCCUUUUGCACACAAUGUUUAUAGACUUCUUCUUUUUUCUACUGUGUUAUUGACUUGUUAAUUGUUUACUCCAUGUGUAACUCUGUGUUUUCUGUUCACACUGCUAUGCUUUAGCUUGGCCAGGUCACAGUUGUAAAUGAGAACCUGUUCUCAACUAGCCUACCUGGUUAAAUAAAGGUAAAAUAAAAAUAAAAUAAAAAAGAUUGAUGAUAGAAAAAAACAAUUUAAUAUAUUUUAGAAUAAGGCUGUAACCUAGCAAAAUGUGGGAAAAGUCAAGGGGUCUGAAUAUUUUCCGAAGGCACUAUAACUGUUUCAGUUUUAACCAUGUUUUGAGGCUUUACAGUUUUUUUUUUUUUUACAUUUACAUUGUUUUCAAACAUUGGUGUAAACAAGCUUAUAUUGUAGGUUCUGAUGGGGUAUUACAGUUGAACUAAGCUGAUGAGGCAUAUAAGUUCUAUAUUCUUUAAGAAUAUAGCAAUUCAAUAUUUGCACUUUAAAUGGGCAAUCUGAGAUUGCUACAAAAACAAGCUUGUAUUUGAAGCAACACACAUUAUCCCUUUAAAGCUAGGAUACUUAGUUGCUAUCCAUUUUUGUACUUGUAAAUUAAUGAUCUACCCAUCUAAUGAUCUGGAUCAUCAUUAAUCAACAUUGAUUCUUGAAGAAUAUAUAAUGUAUACAUGCCUCAUCAGCUUAGUUCAUCUGUCAUACCUCAUCAGAACCCAAAAUAUAAGCUUGUUUUACUCUGUUUGUAAACAAUGUGAUUGUAAACAAACACUGUAUAGCCUCAAAACAUGGUUAAAACUGAAACAGUUAGGGUGCUUUCGGAUACCCCCUUUUAACAAACUAUUGUAACCCCACUUUGUUCUUUUUUUCUUAAGGAUACAUCAAUGAGAUGACCUGGGAACUCAACAUCAGACCAAAAUCACUAGAUGACUAAGGACCUUAUUCCAACUGUGUGCAGCAACACCUCAUUCAAACACUACUACUGAGCCAAUGUAGAACCUGCCCCUUCAGAAUUCCAUGACUUUUUUCCUUGCUUGGAUUUCAGCACAAAGUCAAAUCUACCAGGACAGAGUAUGCCAUCUGCACCUUUCCACAGAAUUCUACGACCCCUUCUAGUUGGCACCUUCCUACUGGGCUGUUUUGUGACUCUGUUUUUGAUGUACUUUAAACCGUCUACUAGCUGGCUAUCAGGUCCCGUAGAGUCAACAGCAUCCACAAUCCGAGUUAAAAACCUCUUCUCCACCAAGAGUGACAAAAACCUGACCACUGUACUCGUCUGGCUCUGGCCCUUUGGACAGACCUAUGACCUGGGUGUCUGCAGCUCUCUGUUCAACAUUGAAGGCUGUUUCAUCACAGCAGAUCGGAACCUAUAUAAUAAGUCAGAUGGUGUCGUCAUACAUCACAGGGAUAUCUGUACUGAUCUCUCCAACCUGCCCCCCCUUCAGCGUCCCUCCUUCCAAAAGUGGAUAUGGAUGAAUCUAGAGUCACCAUCUCACUCCUCUCAGCUGCCCGGUAUCGAAAACCUGUUCAAUUUAACUCUGAACUAUCGCCAGGAUGCUGAUAUUGAAGUGCCUUAUGGGUCGAUCGUGACGGCCCAAGGGGACGAGGAUUUCGUGCCUCCGAGCAAAAGCAAAUUGAUCUGCUGGAUUGUCAGCAACUGGAACCCGGAUCAUGUGCGAGUGAAGUACUACAACGAGCUAUACAAACACAUUGAGGUUCGCGCUUACGGACAAGCCUUUGGGGAGUACAUUGCGGAUCAAGACUACUUUCCUACCAUCGCCAGUUGUAAAUUCUACUUGGCAUUUGAAAACUCAAUUCACAAAGACUACAUCACCGAGAAACUGUAUAACCCACUCUCUGUAGGGACGGUGCCUGUGGUUUUAGGCCCGCCAAGACAGAACUAUGAGAACUUUGUCCAGGGGGAUGCUUUUAUCCAUGUGGAUGACUUCACCUCUCCCAAAGAGUUGGCUGACUAUCUCCUGCUCUUGGACAAAAAUGAGGAAAUGUACCUCAGGUACUUUGAGUGGCGACGGCACUUUAAGGUGAAAAAGGCAUACUUCUGGGCCGAACACACAUGCCUCGCUUGUGAUUAUCUCAGAAGGCACAAAGAGUACAAGGCAUUCAAUAACCUCGAUAAAUGGUAUUGGGGUGGAACGCCUUGAAGGUCUAGAAAUGGUUGUUUUGCUGUUGGAGGCAUUGCUUGAAAAAUAUCUUCAGUCAUGGACAAUGCUUCAACAUGUUUUUCUCAGUGGUUACAGGGGCCCAAAUUAGCCAUUCCCUUUUUUUAUUUUGUUACCAGCCAGAUUUGCUCAGCCUUACUUUGCCUAUUGCAUUUUCAUUCAAUCAUGUAUUUAUGUUGUAGUCAUUUGCAAUGCAUUUAAUAUUUGUUUUAUAAAAUAACACUUUUAUAUUUAAUCUCUGAACGUGACACAUUUGCUGCUAUGUGUUUUUUUAUGAUGUACUGUAACUUGGGAAUCAAGCUGACAUGCCACAUCUUUCAUCUGGCAGUAUACACAAUAUUGUGGUGUUGAAAUUGUAGUUUUUGUAAUUGUAACUAGUAUUUUUUUUUUCUGUGGAAUGUUCAUGUUGAAUUUGUUGUCCUCAGGGCACUAUUGAAAAUGAGUCACUGGUCUCAAUGGGCUCCCAAGAUUAAAUGAAAGUUAAAUAAUACUAAAAAAAAAGAUUCAGUAAAUAAUUGAAGAAAUAGUUGUUUCAAUUAAAAUAUUUAUGUACUAUUUAUUGAAUUGAGACAUUGUAUGAUAAAAUACCAUCUAAAAUUCGUGAUACAGUCAUCUAUGCAGUGUUUACUGAACUUCAAAUGUAAAAGUAGUUCAGUUUUGUUAUCUACUGUAUAUUGUACAUGUGUGUGUUUUUGAGAAAUCACUCAAUUUAUUUUUGCAAGGUUGCAUUUGCAAAACAAAUGGAUAGUCAUCUUUGAUCAUGUAUGUACAGUAAUACAUUGUAGAAAGAAGGAAAGAUAUAAAAAAAAUACUGACAAAGUGUGUCAGGGGAGAAUAGUGAACUUAUUAUGCUAAUAGUGGUUUCUUAGUGGGCAUUAUCACAUUAAAUGCAUUGCAGUUCUUUAAAAUGCCCCAAGCUCAGUUUUCAUACCAUUCUGUGUAAAUGCUAAUUUUGUCAAAAUUUUCUCCACUGAACAAUGCAUCUAAGCAGCUCUCAGCAUGAUGGAUGAAUCGGUAACACUUUAUUUGAACUGUACAUAAUAAGAGUCAUAAUAUAACAAACAUUACUGAAAUAGUUAUAACAAGUGUUAUGACAACAGUUAAUGUCACUUGCAAUUUUUAGUUGUUGACACCUAUCAAGACUACAUAAAUGUGUCAUAACCAUGAGAAAUGUCGUGACAGUUUUUCCUAAAGGGUAACACUACCUUAAUGAAGUAAACUAUUCAUAAUUUCAUUAGUUUAAUAUUGUCAUAACAUUAUCCUACCAGCCACUAACCCUUCAUUACAUUUUUUUCUAUGAAAUUGGCCUAUUACAUUUAGCGCCAUUUAGCACUUUCAUCAAGUCUAAGCACCUCACAUUUCCAGUAAAAGCUCUCUGACCUCAUCCACCUGCAAAUGUGUAACACCCACCUGGAUCAUGCACAGCAGCAGUGGAGAGAUAAGACGUGAAUGUGCCAACUGGAAUUAGGGUAUGAUUAGGUGCUAGGAUAUAACGCGGAUUAAUGAUCACUUUACUGUAACUGCAGAUACCUUACAUAAUUAUGUCAUAAUUCACCAAAAUAAACACAAGGAGUGUCAUUUUAUUUUAUUUUUUACACUUCUGUUUAUAACACAAUGCCAGGUUACCUACACUACAGCUAACCAUUUUAGCCUUGAUGUGUAAGUGACAAACUUAUGUUAAUAAUACCUGUCAGUAUGUCAUGUUUACGACAAUAUUAUGAUGCUGGUAUGUUGUAGCUACAGUUCAAAUACAGUGUAGGAACACUUUCUUUGAAGGUUGAAUACAUGAAGCAUUCUUAUCAGCAUAUAUAAACUAUUCAUAACACACCCAUGAAAUCAGUAACAUCGAAGACCUUAAGAGUACAUUCAAUAAGCAUACAGUAAUAUUAUUUGUCAUUAGUGACGUUAUUGAAUUGUUUAAAUGUGAAAAUAAAAGUCCUAUGAACCGGCAGAUUUUGGGCAGAACAAAAAAACAAUUUAUUCCCUUAUGUUACUUUAUUGGUUCUGAAAUACUGUUUAUUUUUGUACUAUUUCCAUUUUGUGUAUCACUAUGCAUGUUGUGUUAUCAUUGAUACUUUUAGUUUACUUUUAAAUUAAUUUCCAAAAUGUAUAGCCAGAUAGAUUCACACAAUCUAUAGAUUGUAUGAAGACUUGUCACAAUUUUAUUUAUUUUACCUUUAUUUAACUAGGCAAGUCAGUUAAGAACAAAUUCUUAUUUUCAAUGACGGCCUAGGAACAGUGGGUUAACUGCCUGUUCAGGGGCAGAACGACAGAUUUGUACCUUGUCAGCUCGGGGGUUUGAACUUGCAACCUUCCAGUUACUGACCAUCAAAGAUAUGAACCACAGAGUUACAGACUGACCGGUCAACCGAAUAGGCAAUAUAACUUCUGUAGACUACAUUUACAUUUUAUUUUAUUUAACCUUUAUUUAAAUCAAACAUAACUGUUGCUUACAUGUUCUAAAAAUACGUCAGAUAUUUAUAGUAUCUGGCUAUAUGGUUGGAAAACACAUGUAACAUGCAAUCAAUGUUAAUUAAGGUAAUAAUAAUAAAUGUUUGAGAAGGUGAAUUUAAAAGUUAAGGACAUUUCAGUGUCCGAACUACCUCCAUUCCUGACAUUUUCGUAUCUCUAAAAUUCCUACUGUAGAUGCUUUAUGAAUGAAUACACUAUGAAGGUCUUUAUAAAUGUUACUUACACCUUCAUGGAUGUGUUAUGAAUUUGUAUUAUUAUGUUGUUGUGAAUGCUUUAUGUAUCAGUAACGAACAUCCCUGUGCUUGCCUAGCUGUGCCACUUCCACCUGCUCCAGCACACGCCGAGACCAUAACCUUGGACCUCUGCCUCGCUAAAACACGUGCUCGCCCUCUUGAAACACAUUUAACUAGCUGCGCCACCAAAAAGGUACCAAUGCAAUGGUGCAGGUGGUGGUUUCAAGCUCGAUACAGUCCGUAUUGCGGAGGAGCCGUGGUAUAGAGCGAUUGAAAUUUAAAGGUAAUUUUCCGAUUGAGCUAACAUAUGCAGCAGCGUCUGUCAUGAAUGCAGUCUCCGCAAACAUGGAAACAUUGCAUUUAAAUUAUAAUCGCACUAUACCGGGGAUAUUCCGCUAUACAGAUUGAAUCAAAACCUUUGUAACCAAUUCAAUUCGGUUAUAUAUGUAACCUUCAAAGAAAGUAACCUAAAUAGUUGCUGUUGAAUCUUAACGCAAAACGUAUGUAAGACUUUCAAAAUAUAUUGUAUGCAAUAUUAGUUUGUACCUGGUGAAAAUACUCAACUUUCAGGUUGUUUUCAUUUUGUUGUAUUUACUGUGAGUGGGACCAUUAGUGUAAAGAGGAUGAUUAUAAAUAUUUGUUAUAUAGACAAUAAAAAAAACAAUCAGUCUAUGUGUAUAAACUGAAAGGUUAUUUUAAGAAGGUGGGACAAGGACACAACAUAAAGCAUGUCGUCCGUGUGCAGCGGGCAGCCGCCCUAUAGCCUCUGACCACAGAACAUCGGCUGUCAUUUUCUUUCCAAACGAUUCUUCACGUUGAAACGUCAACUUUCGUUGACACCCAGAAGAUCUACUGCACACGACCGACGUUCGUAAUGAUGUGUCCCAUCCUCAAAACUAGUCCACUGACAUGUAGACGAGCGGAAUUCUGUAACUUUCUUUUUAAAAACACCCCACAGCUCUACCAUUAAUUAAAUAACGUAGAAAGAUUUUAGAAAGCAGUUCAACAGUCUUGAUUGAAUGGAAUUUUUUCUCCCACUGUUCCAGGCUGUGAUUGGUUGAUACUGCUGGGACAUAGCCUAGUUCCAAAUACUGAAUCAGACCAGCGCCAGCGGUGCAUUAUAGCCUGCCGCCAGUCAAGGGAGAGCUGCACAGACCAUAGCUAAGUCAAUCAGUCUACCUACCGUAGAUAUUAUUGUGGGCAGCUGUAAUGUCUAGGCUAACCUUGGUUGGACUGUAUUUAUACUCACACUAAGUUAGCUAGCUACUAAUGGACUAGCUAAGCUUUGAUAACAAAUUGCUAACACAAAUUUUCACCAGCUAUUGAUGCACAAAGUGAGUAGUGUCCUGUGAGUAGAGCAACUCUGCUUUGACAACAACAGCUAGCUAGUUGAUUAAUUUGCUGAGGUAGGUAAUAAUACCUAUAUUGCUAGUCUAAAAAACAGCAGCACAUAGCCUAUUAGGGUCAGCAAACCAUAACAUUUUUACAGCCACAGCCAAAGAUUUUAGCUAAUAAAAAGCUUGCCUGGCAAUCUCUUGCGUUGAUCUUCUGGCUAUGUCAACUAAUCCUAUUCUCAAAUUAUGAAAUAAAAUGCAUUCAAUCAAGACCGUCAAAUGGCAUUCCAAACACUUUUGAAUAAUGUGUAUAUAUUUUUAAUGUUUCAGUCUCUUUUUAACUUUCAAGUGUUGCCAGCUUUGAAUAAUGAUUUGUGCUUCAAAGCAGCUUUAUGAAUGAGGGGGAAAGAAAAGAGACACUUAUACCGGAGAACCAGCGUUGAAGACAACAGUAAUACUGUUUUGGAAAGGCCGUUUUUCUUCAAGUGAGGCAAUUAUACAAAAGAGAAUGCAGACAGUUUUUUUAUCCUGUUGACAUGACCUAAUUUCAACCCUCCUGUUGAAAUUUUGCAGAGAUAUAUAACUUUUAUUCACGCAUAAAUGUAUGACUCAUUGGCUGUCUCAAAUGGAGCUAUUGUGAGUUCAUGAACUGUCCCAGACUGUCCCAGAAUAUGACUAUGAAACUUCCAGGUAUGGUUUCAUAUUGUACAGUUUCACUUCAUGUAUGAAACAGAGGUUUCUUGUUAAGUGUGAUCUGUUGCAACAGGUUUGUUCUCUUGUUGUCUGAACUUUCUUUGUUCUUUGCACAAACAUGUCAAUUCUCUUUUCUGUGAGUAAGUACAUUAGGAGAGUGGCUUAGGAUGUGUUUUUUAUUCGAGUUGGUGCAAAGUUGGUGUCCAUGGACAUUAUCUCUGCAUGAAGUGCAUUCUUCAUGUUUUGCUGAAUCUUAAUUGGGCAAUGACUUUUCUGCCAGUUUACUGAAAGAGAUGUUGAAUCGAUCAUUGUAAGGUUUUUGCCAAAUCAUUGUAUUUUGCCAAUGUGUAUAACUGUAGAUGUCUGUUAUUGUCAAGAAAAUAAAGACAUUUAUAAAAGAG